AUGGAACCGAGGGCACUGGAUGCUAGCCUCACGCUCCUCCAGGACAGGUUGGUCGGCGUGCACGAGUGCAUUGCACCCAAUUGGCGCGUCAUCCUGGCGGACGGGCAGUUUGGCCGUAGCUGGGCCGAGCCGCACGAGCUCGCGUCAUCGCUGUGGGACUUGCACCAAACGUUUUUUGGUCACAUUUUGCCGCUGCUCACGUUCCACGUGCGCGUCCCCAACCCCUUGAUGACUGCCCACGGCCCGUCGACGAGCCCGUUUCUCGAGCUUCUUCGGGCGUAUGUCGCGUCCAAGGACAUCUCGGUGGCCCUUCUCUUUGCCUGCAAUGCGCUUUUGGUGAGCAUCUUGUCUACGCAAGGCGCGCCAAGUGAUAGGAUCCACUGCGCCAAGGUCGUCGACGACACGCGUUGGACGAUCGACCGCCACGCCACCCAGAUGCAAGCCGAUCGUGGCAUUGUGGACGGUCUACUCGUGGCAGCGCCGACCAUGCACAACGUCAAGGUGGUCCUUGGCUGGUUUGACGACAUCCGACGCAUAACGUCGGCCAACAAGUACUUUAGCCAAAAGGAAGUCGACCGCGCGUGGUUCAACCCGUACAUGGCGGGCCAAGUUCUUCUCUCGAUGAAUAUGGACAUUACGUUCACCUUGGGCUUGACGGCGAUCGAUGACAUUGGCCAAGCGCGUACGAUACUCCACUUUUACAACGCGCUCCGCGUCCUCGACAAGAUCCCACCGAACAGAGACCUCGACAACUUGGUCACCAUGUACGAGCGCGGCAAGUCGGUGUGGGUCGGCGGCCGCCCUACCGCCCGUGGCAAUAUUCUAAAAGCAUAUUUGCUCGCGUGGGGCUACAACCCGUAUACGACCGCGACCAUGGCGGCCGGCAUUUGCGACGACCACGAAGAGUACGUUGCCAAAGGCGCGCUGCGCGACCGCAUGGACCACCGCAGUGCGGCGCAGAGGGCGUCGACGCCGCACAACACGUCUCGGAAGAAGCUCGAACCGACCAAGCCCGCGCACGUGAGCAAGGCGUAUCGCUACGUGACACGGACAAUGUUGCCGGACGACGUGGACGCCACGCGCCUUCCGAGUGCCUUUGCCAUUCGGGCCAUCGUCCUCAGCGACUUUGACGCGUUUUUAUACCUCGACCUCAAACGGGUCGGCCAGCUCUUUCGUGAAGCUGGUCCGUGGCACGAGACGGACGUCCACGCCCGCCAUCAGAGUGAAAUCAUGGUUUCCCAAACGCUCCUCGCGCUCUGCGACUGCAAACCCGACGACCAUCGCCUUGUCCAAAUUGCCAAAGUGUUGACGCACGUCGCGAACCGCAUGCACGAGAUGCACUGCCUCGCGUAG